GGCUGGAGGCAUGCCCGUCCUCAAUUCCCGCCCGCGCUCCUCCUCCUUCGUCGCUCCCUCCAACCUCUCCUCCACCUCCCGAGCUUUUCUCCCCACCGACCCCAAGAUACGGAUCGGAUCGCAAACGCAAUACCAUCCAUCCAUCCGCCGCUGCUGCUUACCCUACCGGACGGGACCACGCCGCCGCCGAUCAGAUCGUCGUCGUCGUCGUCUAUCGGCCCGGCCAACCAGAAGCAGAAUGGCCAGUCCCAGCAGCCAGCGGCCCUUAAUUUGCUAUACUGAUUGAUUGAUGCAUGGGCAACUCCUGCCGCGGCUCCUCCACGCCCACCUACUCCACGGCCGCCGCCUCCGACUACUGCUACGGCUCCCGCCGCGGCACCUCCUCGGCCUCCUCCUCAUCAUCCCGCUCAACAGCAGCAAGCGGCAGCUCUAGCGCGGCGGCGGCGGACCACCAGCAGCGGCGGCGCCGGCGGCACCCCUCCUGCAACAGCAGCAUGCGCGGCGGCGGCCACCAGCAGCAGCUCUCCUCCCCCACCGCCGUGCUGGGCCACGCCACGCCGCAGCUGCGCGACCUGUACGCGGUCGGGCGCAAGCUCGGGCAGGGGCAGUUCGGCACCACCUACCUGUGCACGGAGCUCGCGACCGGCACCGCCCUCGCCUGCAAGUCCAUCGCCAAGCGCAAGCUGCUGACCCCCGAGGACGUGGACGACGUCCGGCGCGAGAUCCAGAUCAUGCACCACCUCGCCGGCCACGACAGCGUGGUCACCAUCAAGGGCGCCUACGAGGACCCGCUGUACGUGCACAUCGUCAUGGAGCUGUGCGAGGGCGGCGAGCUCUUCGACCGCAUCGUGGAGCGCGGCUACUUCUCGGAGCGCAAGGCCGCCGAGAUCGCCCGCGUCAUCGUCGGCGUCGUGGAGGCCUGCCACUCGCUCGGGGUCAUGCACCGGGACCUCAAGCCCGAGAACUUCCUGCUCAAGGACCGCCGCCGGCCGCCGGGGCAGCAGCAGGGCGACGAGGCGGAGGCGGAGGCGGAGGCGGCCUCCGCCUCCGUCUCCCUCAAGGCCAUCGACUUCGGGCUCUCCGUCUUCUUCAAGCCCGGGCAGGUGUUCACCGACGUGGUGGGGUCCCCCUACUACGUGGCCCCCGAGGUGCUCUGCAAGCACUACGGGCCCGAGGCCGACGUGUGGACGGCGGGGGUCAUCAUCUACAUCCUCCUCAGCGGCGUGCCGCCCUUCUGGGCGGAGACGCAGCAGGGCAUCUUCGACGCCGUGCUCAAGGGCGCCAUCGACUUCGAGUCGGAGCCCUGGCCCAGCAUCUCGGCCAGCGCCAAGGACCUCAUCCGCUGCAUGCUGCGCUCGCCGCCGGCCGACCGCCUCACCGCGCACCAGGUGCUAUGCCACCCCUGGAUCUGCGAGAACGGCGUGGCGCCGGACCGGGCGCUGGACCCGGCCGUGCUCUCCAGGCUCAAGCACUUCUCCGCCAUGAACCGCCUCAAGAAGAUGGCGCUGCGGGUCAUCGCCCAGAGCCUCUCCGAGGAGGAGCUCGCGGGGCUCAAGGAGAUGUUCAAGGCCAUGGACACGGACGGCAGCGGCGCCAUCACCUUCGAGGAGCUCAAGGAGGGGCUGCGCCGCCACGGCUCCAACCUGAGGGAGAGCGAGAUCCGGGACCUCAUGGACGCGGCCGACGUGGACGGCAGCGGCACCAUCGACUACGACGAGUUCAUCGCCGCCACCGUGCACAUGAGCAAGCUGGAGCGCGAGGAGCACCUGCUCGCCGCCUUCGCCUACUUCGACAAGGACGGCAGCGGCUACAUCACCGUCGACGAGCUGGAGCAGGCCUGCAGGGACCACAACAUGACGGACGUCGGCAUCGACGACAUCAUCAGGGAAGUGGACCAGGACAACGAUGGCCGCAUCGACUACGGCGAGUUCGUGGCCAUGAUGAAGAAGGGCAUCAUCGGCCACGGGAGGCUCACCAUGAGGCACACCUCCGACGGCAGCGUCCUCCAGGGCGCCGGCUAGGCUAGCCACCUGCGGCUUGCUCAUUUAUACAUACUCCAUCAGAGUACAGUACAGGCACACCUCCGACAUUCAAACUGCUAGCACCUAGAUCGAUUUAAUUAAUUUAUUUCAUCUCAUCUCA